CACAUCAUGCCAUCCAUAUCUCAACCCACAUUCACCCCAUCUACAUAUACUAACCCCCAGCUCAUCUCACACACCAACCAACCAUGUGCCGCACAACCCUCACCAGCUAUACUUUCUGCAAGCACACCACCUCCACCCUGAACCCAUGCCCCCACCCCUCCCCCACCUGCCCAGACCAACACACCCCAGACGUACUCCAAGCCCCAAAGUGGUGCCCAACAUGCGACCCCUGGAAGGGUUUCGAUGCCCCCUCCCCUGCUCCCGCGCCGCUCGCAGCACCGAAAAUACCUCGUCGUGAUGGGGAGCCGCCGCCGUCUGUGCUGUAUUGGGGGAGGGUGAGUCUGUAUGAUGUUCAGCGUAGGGAGAAGAUUAAGAGGGGGUUGUUGGGGUGUGCGGUUGGGGGGAGGGUGGUGGGGAGGGAGUGGGGUGGUGGGGAGGAGGGGGAGGAGGAAGAGGAGGAAGAGGUGAGUGAUGAUGGCGAGGGGGAGGAGGAUGUACAAGAGGGGUGGAGUAGACCGAAGUGGGAGCGGGGUGAGUUUUGGCGGGCUAGGGGGUCGCUGAGGGGGAGGGGAGGGAGGGAGGGGUUGAAGUAUUAUCAGGGACGGGGGGUCGAGGGUGCUGGGGAUGCUGAUGCGGUGGUGGAGGGACCUGUGGAAGCGCAGGUAGAAGUACCGGUUGAAAUACGAGUGGAGGUACCAGAGGAAGUGCCAGUCGAGAUACUAGAGGAAGUACCACCAGCCGAAAUACCGCCAGUCGACAUACCACCAGUCGAAGUACCUGUCGAAAUACCAGUCGAAAUGGUAUAUGAACAGGAAGAACAAAUUGAAAAGGAGGGAGAGGGGCCUUGAUUGUAUUGGGGCUGUGAGAGGUAGAACACAGAUGGAAUGCCAGCAGAUCAUGUUGUUAUGGCAAGGAUUGGAUCAUAGUUGUUUACUUUGAGUAUAUGGCUGCAUGACGCGUUAUGAUAUCUGAAAGGCCCACGGACCGUUGAAAAAAUACUGCGAGAAAGACGUACACCCUGUCAAACCAAAAAGAGAUGACUAUCAAACUCAAAAGAGUGUAGGCCUGAAAUGGGAAGCCUCGAUAUGCCUUCUGUUGGUUACCUCGACCAACUUGCUAAGCGUCAGUAAGAAGGGGGUUGC